CAGAGCGUGGUUACUAAACUUGGUUAAACGUGCAGUGAAGAGGUUAAUUGACCAUGUGCCUCUUAAGAUUGAUAAAUUAUAAAUGAUUGGAAAUCAGUGACUUUAUUAAGAAAUAACAUGAGAAAUAAUGAACAAACUAAUAGAGGAAAGGUGUGAAAAAGAAUCUUUGAGUUUGAUUAAAAACAGACUGAGAUGUAAAUGGAUUUAAAUGUGAAACUUGCUCGAGUGAACAGAAGCACGUGUUCGUGAAAGUAGAGAUAACGCGAAAAUUUGUCAUGAUGAUGAACCCCGACGAUCUGAUUGUGCCCAUUUUUGACGGCAGGGACUACGCUUUGUGGAAAAAGAGAAUUCUACUGUAUUUGAAGAUGAGAAAAUGUAGCGAACCAGCGGCGCGUGAGAAAACGUCCGGCGACAAGCAAGACGAAUGGGAGGACAAGAAUACGAAAGCUAUGAAUCACAUAUACUCAAGCAUUUCUAAUACGCAGCUUGAGUUUGUAGGAGAUGAAGACUCGGCGUUCAAGAUAAUGAAAAAAUUUGAUCAGUUGUAUAUCAAGGAGUCGACCGCACUGCAAAUAUGUGUGUCACAAAAGAGGGCAUUACCAACAGGAUUGUAGAAGCGCUUGGCAAGGAGGUGGUCAAACUCCACAAUAUAACAACAGAAAUCAAGAUAUACAAAACUAUUGGAACAACGGCGGAAGAGGCCAAGAUAACGGCUCAAGAGGUUACGGAUACAAUCGGGGAAGAGGUAACUAUAGAGGCCGAGGCAACGGUCAGCGAAACAGAGGAAGAGUAUGACAGCAAUGGCAUGGAAACCGAUGGCAGCAAUGGCAGGGCAACGGAUGUCAACGCGACGCCAGAUACGCCCAGAACGAGAGACCUGGGGCCAACAUCAACGAGACUUUCUUCACCAGGAUGGAAUAUGAAAUGGUUAUCAAAAAAUAGAAUGGAUACUUGAUAGUGGUUGCUCUGACCACAUUGUAAAUAAUGAAUCAUAUUUCAAUGAACUUGAAAAUUUAGUAGAGCCUAUGUAUGUUCGUCUGGGUAAUGGUACUCCACUAAAAGUAAAUAAAGUUGGAAAGGUUUUGAUGUAUUCAAUAGCAAAUAACAUAGAAACUGAAAUAAUGGUACCAAAUGUAUUUUAUAUCAAAGAAAUGGAUAAAAAUCUACUAAGUUUCGCCAAAAUAACAAACAAUUAUAAGUUCUUUGCUGAAGGAAAUUAUGCAAUAAUAGUCAAUAAGAAUAACCAAAUCAUUAGCACGCCGUACAAGUCGAAUAACAUAUAUAGAUUAGAUGGUUAUAUAAAGAAACAAAAUAUGUAUGCUAAUAAUACAGAUAAAAUGACGGAAAAAGAAAAAUUUCACAGAAUGUUAGGGCACGUAAACUUUAAUUAUCUAAAUGAAAUGUGCAAAAAUAAUUUAGUUGAUGGAAUACCAAAAAAAUUAGAAGAUGUUCACCUCAGAUGCGGGACGUGUAUUCAAAACAAAAUG